CGGGUGUCGGUUUGCGUCGGUUUCCUUUUGAGCCAAGUUCAUCCCAUGGGCGCUUUGUCACCGUGCCACGACGAGACCUCCUAAAAGAUCGGAUCUUACCCCCUGACCGUCAUAUCGAAUGUCGCUCUUGUCCACAUCUCUUAGACGCGGUUCCAGGCUCUUCGCAACAAUGUCCUCUUCUCCACUAAAGGUCGCAGUCCUCGAUGACUACCAGGGCAUUUCGGAACCAAAAUUCAAGGCUUUGGACGCGUCAAAGUACGAAGUCUCCUUCUUCAAGGACACCCUCCGCCCGUAUAACCACCCCGACACUACUCAAGAUGUGAAGGAUCAGCUUGUCAAGAGGCUGGAGCCCUUCACUGUCAUCUCAACAAUGAGAGAACGCACCCCCUUCCCACGCGAGCUCAUCUCCCGCCUCCCUAACCUCAAGCUCCUCCUCACCACCGGCAACCGCAACCUGGGCUUGGACUUGGACGCCUUCAAGGAGCGGGGCAUCCCCGUCGCCGGCGCCGUCGACAAGUCCAACCCAGGCAGCGUCGGUUCCGUCAGCACCACCGAGCACUGCGUCACCAUGAUCCUCGCCGCCGCCCGCAACGUAGCCCAGGACGACCGGGCCGUCAAGACGGGCGGGUGGCAGACCGUUCCCGCCGUCAGCCUACGGGGCAAGACCUUGGGUACUGUUGGCCUGGGCAGACUUGGCGUGGCGGUGGCCAAGAUUAUGAGUGUCGCUUUUGGCAUGAAGGUCGUUGCUUGGAGCAGCAACCUCACGCAGGAGAAGGCGGACGAGCAGGCUGCCAAGGCCGGCUUGCCGGUGGAGGAUGCGCAGACGGGCGAGAAGACGUUCAAGGUGGUCAGCAAGGAGGAGCUGUUUAGUACGGCGGACGUAGUGAGCGUGCAUUUGGUUUUGUCGGAUCGGUCGAAGGGUGGGAUCGCCAAGAAGGAUCUGGAGUUGAUGAAGAAGACGGCCAUCUUUGUGAACACGUCGCGCGGACCGCUCGUGGUCGAGGAGGAUCUGCUCCAAGUGUUGGAGCAGGGCAAGAUCAGGGCGGCGGCGCUGGAUGUGUUCAACUUGGAGCCGUUGCCGUUGGAUAGCAAGUGGAGGACAACCAAGUGGGGAGAGGACGGGCGGAGCAGAGUGCUGCUUACACCCCAUAUGGGGUAUGUUGAGGAGGAUACGCUUUCCGGGUGGUAUGAUCAACAAAUUGAGAACUUGGAGAGAUGGGUGAAGGGCGAGCAGUUGAGUUUGAGCUUGUAUUAGGUCGAGUUUUUGGAGAUGGAUAAUCAACAAGUAUUAUCGGCCCCCAUUCUUCGCUGGCAGCAGGCUGAUGAGCAUCGCGUAUAGCGAAAGCAGACGAUAAACCCAGUCUCUUGUGAGCACAAGUCAAUAUCUUGCUCUCUUCGCCGGCCUUGAUGAAGUCUGCUGAACAGGGGCAGGUCUUUCAACUUUUUUCUUGUAGCUUGGGCCUGGCCUUUUUCUGACAUAGUGAGACCCUUGGCCAAAGUCCUUGACGCACUGCGCAAUGUUCCGGUACAGAGGAUGAGCCACCUCACGUCCACCAUCCACCUCAACCGUGAUCAGGUAUUCAGUGCUCUGAUCGACAUUAACCUUUACGUAUGGCUGCGCCGCGUCAUUAGCGUCUUCCCUGUCACUUGCCGCAACCUGUUGCUGAUUGUCCUGGGCCUCCUCGUCUCGAUUUCGCCUUCCCAACAUGUAGCAUUCAUACGCCAAAGACUCGGGCUCUCCUGGGAAGUCGAUGGGCUCCAAGUGACGGAUGGGGUUUUUCUUGGGAUCGACGCCACCGUGGAACAUCAUCCACAGGAAAUUGGAGAUAUACCAUCCCACAAAAGCCUCGGUUUUGACCUUGCGGUCGCGCUUGGCGUGGUAGAUGUUGUAGAGAGCCAGUGCCGUAGCCUCCUUGAGAGCCGCGUUGUACUUUUCCGGAUCGCUCAUUUCCGGCUUGACUUUGAGGAUGUCGGCCAUGACGAUAGAGCGCUGCAGCUUGAUGAUGUUCUGCACUUCUUCCAUGGUGGGCACCUG